UGAUAAUCGCAAGUAUACACUUCAAUUGUAAUUGUAAUUUGAACCAGUUUCUACAUUGUUGGAUUAUUCGCUAUUUUUCUGUACCCAGUAAUAAACAAACAGAUAAUAAUUUGUGCACGCAGUUCGACACGUCGUCGGAAGAGUGUGCAUGUAUCCUUCGGGAGACCUUUUGAUUAUGGAUAUGGCGGGCAUGACAAAAUCAAGUGUGACAAGUAUCCAAUUUUAGACCAGAUGAAGUGAACCUCUUGGAUGCUAGCGGGUGCUGCCUUGCUGAUUAGCUUACUAAGCACCAUCUUGUGCUCAGUUUCGGUAGCUGCAAUCUCCUCCGAUGACGGCUCGUACGAGUUAUCGAACGGAAACUGCACGGCCCCGGAACCGCGUGACUUGGUGCACAUGGAACACGUACAGAAGGUAGCGAUACCUUUUGUGACGAGAGAAGAAAGGGUAACAUGGUACGGCGACGAGAAAAUAUACUGUGUUCUGGUAACCAGUUGUAACGGGGAAACUCACUCUAAGGUUAAGCUAUUGAGAGGAGGUGCUGGACAUACAUUCGUGGACCUGGAGGUACAUUCUAGCCGAGGGUAUGGAUUCGCUUACAACGUUAGAAUAUUUGGAAAGGAGUAGUUCAUUGGGUUAAUGACCCAUGUUUCAAACCGCAUAUGUUCAAGAAGAUUCUUCUUUAUUGUACGUCGUUCCGGUCCCAACGAUAACUUUUCCAAGUACAACUGACUUAAGCUACUGGGAUUAAAAUAUCGUAAAAUAAAGAAGAACUUGAAAUAUAUAGGUGGUUUUAAGUGUUUAUAGUGAAUAAAAUAAAAGUGCAUCAUCAAUUUACAUAGUAAAAUAAAAGAAUCAAAUAGAGAA